AUGUCAACUCAUCCUUUAGGCUCCGGAGCCACUGCCCUCUUUUCGCAACUGAAUCAAGGCGAACAAGUGACCUCGAAUCUACGCAAGGUGACAAAGGAAAUGAAGACUAACAAAGAUACGGCUCUACGUACCUGCGCUGACGAGGCAUCUCCCACUAAACCAACUCUGGCGCCAAAGCCUGGCAGUCGAAUGACUAUUAGCCAGAAGCCGCCGCUUUUUGAGCUUAGAAACAAUCAAAAAUGGAUUGUUGUGAGUCCUCGUCCUUGGCAAACUUUUCUAAUGAAGGGGGCUUCUGCUGACAUCUUGUUGUAUUUGUGUUCAAUUAAGUACAAGUGCUUGAAAGGGCGCUAA